UCAUGCUCUAACCAACACGGGCACUUAAUCAACCGUUAGAUUCUCCCCUUCGAGGCUUCGACGGUGGAUAAAUAUUAAUUGAAAAGUAAAGCGGUGCGUUUAACGCCCUUUUCACGGUUAGCCGCGGCAUGUGCCAUGCACGUGAGAGCGCACGUUAGCUCUGACCACUGUCCCUUUGUUUUGUCUCUAGUUUCUUAAUUUCUCACCCACCGAAAGCCACUCUCUCUCAAGUGAUGUCGUCGAGCUCCGGCGGGAACCGCCACUGUGUUUCCGGCGGAUCAGAACUUCGGAAUUAGGAGACAAGACGCUCUGAGAUCCUCUCGUUCGGUUUUCUUAGGUGAUGUCGUCGACGCUCCGGCGGGAUACUCACGCGCCGGCGUUUGCGUGCCUCCAUCCGCUUUUUUCGUCCCGUCUCCACGCUUUCAGGAAAACAGUUUGGAAGAACCCUUUCAAUUUCAUCAACACAAUUAAGGUUCCUCGUGGCGGCCUAGGCGACAGUUAUUCACAUGUAAAAGAAGUUACGAAUGAUCUCAUCAAUUCCCAGAUUCCGUCCAUCAAACUUCACGAGAAGGUUACAGAUGUAUACUAUGAUUAUAUGCAAUUAAGUAAAGGAAUAAGCCAAGGGAGUGUAGAAGUUGUGAAAGAUGUCUUGAACCGUCGGCCGGGCGCUGUGGACGAAUGGAUAAACCCUUAUGAGACACCAUUGUUGAAGGCUUGCGCAUGUGGAAAACCCGAGAUUGUUAAAGAGCUUCUUCGUCGCAUGAAACCUGAACAAAUGCUUCCCAAGAUGAGCCGUCACACUUCAUACCACACACCUCUCACUGUUGUCGCAGUCACCGGAAACAUGGAGAUCGCCAAAUACUUGCUUGACAAGAACUUUGGGCUGCUAAAGAUGCCAGACAUAAAUGGACAGCUUCCGGCCGUGGUUGCAAUUGAGAACGGGCAUAAAGAGAUGGCUUGGUACUUUUACGUGCAAACUAUGCGUCCUCUGUUACUUGAUCAAGAUGGGUACCACGGUACCUUGCUCAUUAUCAACGCCAUCUACUACAAAAUGAUUGACAUUGCGCUGUAUUUUCUCAGCGAAGAGACUCGCUACAAAAUGAUCGACAUUGCGUUGUGUUUUCUUUGCGCAAAGACACGCUACCUUGCCGUCACAAAACACUUGCAGAUAGAGUCGACUCCCAUCAUCGUUUUAGCUUCAAAACCGGACCUUUUUCCCAGCGGCUGCCGUCUCGGACCAUUGGAACGCAUUAUAUACGAUUGUAUACAAGUAAAGCUUCAGGCUAAUCCAGGUUGGUUUUAUCCGAAAAAAGAUCAGCAAACUACCCUGAUGAGGAAGCUGCUUAAGUGUCUCUCCAAAUGGACUGGAAUAGAUGAAGUGUACCAACUGAAGGUUAUGCAUCUACAAGCCAAGAAGCUUUUAUUGGUAAUAUCAGAAGAAACACGGGCCAUGGGAUUAAAGGAACGUUCCGAGACAGUGGGUGAGGCCUUACUCUUUGCAGUAAGGUAUGGGAAUGUGGAUUUCUUGGUGGAGAUGAUCAAGAACAACUCCGAGCUUCUAUGGUCCACGAAAACGAGCUUGAGUAGAACUCUGUUUCUCUUGGCCGUCGAGUUGAGACAAGAAAAAGUGUUUAGUCUACUCUACGGUCUGGACGAUAGGAAGUACUUGUUGCUUGUGGAAAGGGACUGUGAUGGCAAUGGUAUGCUUCAUCUCGCCGGCUAUCUUUCUCCUCCUUGCAAGCUCUCUACCGUUACUGGCGCAGCUUUGAAGAUGCAACGUGAGUUACAAUGGUUCAAGGAAGUGGAGAAAAUUGUACCAGAGAUCGAGAAGCAGAGAGUAAACACAAGUGGACAAACACCAAUCGAGAUAUUCACAAAGGAGCACCAAACAUUGCGGCAAGAAGCUGAGAAAUGUAUGAAAUACACGGCGAUGUCGUGCAGCUUAGUCGCGACUCUCAUAUUCACGGUCACCUUCGCGGCCGUCUUCACCGUCCCCAACUACAACUCACACGGCAAACCCUUUCACCUACGUGAUCGUGCUUUCACCACAUUCGUCGUCUCCGAUCUGAUCUCCUGCUUCGCAGCUUGCACCUCCGUCCUCAUUUUCCUCGGGAUACACACCGCAAGGUACUCCUUCGAUGAUUUCUUGUUCUCGCUACCGGCAAAGAUGAUCGCCGGACUCUCCAUACUGUUCGUUUCAAUCGGGGCAAUGCUUAUUGCCUUCUCGUCGGCCCUAUUCACGAUGAUGGAUAAAGAGAAAUGGAUCGUUGCUCCGACGAUCCUUCUCGCUUGUUUACCGGCGCUGCUGUUUGUUCUGCUUCAGUAUCCUCUCCUCAAAGAAAUGAUCUUUUCGACUUACGGUAAAGGAAUCUUCGACAGGACUUAAAAUGUUUGGUUGGUUGAAAAGGCAUUGAACAAUGUAGACUACAAUUAACAAAAAUAUUAUUUUAAUUAUUUUAUAAUAAA